ACGCGCACGUACUCACGCACGCACGCCGGCGGACGGCAGGCUCGCGCCCGGGCUGGCCCCGCGCCGCGCCACAGGCUCGCGCACUCAGCAGGCUCGGCUGCGGCGGCUACAGCUGUGGGAGCUGAGUUGCUGUGUGGGAGAGGUCCCAGGCGCGUUUGCGGGCUCCGGCUUUGCCACUCUCCGCUUCUCUGAUCCCAGUUUCCCUGCCAGGUGCUGUGGUAGGGACUAAAGCCUGCCCUGGGAACCCCGAGCACACACUUGGCUCCUUCGACACCCGCCCUCUUUCCCUUCCCAGUCGCAGGCCUCGCUUGGUGCUAGGCGACUCUGCUGGGAGGCGGCGGAGGCGACGGCUGCCUGUCUGUGGAGGAGUCCUGCCCUCCAACCUUGCUCCUCCGCCGGGCCCUGCAGGGGUCAAGAGAGCUCGGCGCCUGCCCUUCCUCUCGCUUUUUUCCUCAGCCGGUUGGAGCAGCGUCGGUCUGGGAGGUCUCUGGGCUGAGGCGGCGGCAGCUCCUCCGGCUCCAUCAUGUCCGCGGGCGGAGACUUUGGGAAUCCGCUGAGGAAAUUCAAGCUCGUCUUCCUAGGGGAGCAAAGCGUUGGAAAAACAUCCUUGAUCACCAGAUUCAUGUAUGACAGUUUUGACAACACCUAUCAGGCAACAAUUGGCAUUGACUUUUUAUCAAAAACAAUGUAUUUGGAAGAUCGAACAAUCAGGCUGCAGCUGUGGGAUACUGCGGGUCAGGAACGUUUCCGUAGCCUCAUUCCCAGUUACAUCCGCGAUUCUGCUGCAGCCGUAGUAGUUUACGAUAUCACAAAUGUUAACUCAUUCCAGCAAACUACAAAAUGGAUUGAUGAUGUCAGAACAGAAAGAGGAAGUGAUGUUAUCAUCAUGCUAGUAGGGAAUAAAACAGAUCUUGCUGAUAAGAGGCAAGUGUCAAUUGAGGAGGGAGAGAGGAAAGCCAAAGAGCUGAAUGUUAUGUUUAUUGAAACUAGUGCAAAAGCAGGAUACAAUGUAAAGCAGCUCUUCCGACGUGUUGCAGCAGCUUUGCCUGGAAUGGAAAGCACGCAGGACAGAAGCAGAGAAGACAUGAUUGACAUAAAACUGGAAAAGCCUCAGGAGCAGCCCGUCAGUGAAGGAGGCUGUUCUUGCUAAUCCCUCAUGGCAUCUUCAACACUUCUCCAGAAGCUCACUACUUUGGCCCUCUUACUCUUUCAUUGACUGCAGUGUGAAUAUUGGCUUGAACCUUUUCCCUUCAGUAAUAACGUAUUGCAGUUCAUCAUUGCUGCUUGUCUCGUGGAGAUGAUUUGUUAGCUUCACAAGCACAAAAAAAGUCAGUGUCUUCAUUAUUUAUAUUUUACAAAAAGCCAAAAGAUUCCAGAAUAUUCCAGUGAUAACUUUAAAAAUUAGAUACAUUUUCUUAACAUUUUUUUCCUUUUUUAAUGUUAUGACAGUAUGCUUCAAAAUGAUGGAAAUAUCAACAGUAUAAGUGUGGCUUGAUUAAGGAGCAAUAUAUUUACAACAGCAUUUGCCUACCUACUUGAUCUCUCCCUGUUUUUCUUACCUCUCCUGUAGCCAAUACUUAUUCUCACCCUCCGUUCCUCAGAACAAACAGGAGAUGGCAAGGCAGCAGUCAGACCAAACCCACUGGAAUUUUCCUUAAAUUUUAGGGAUACUACUUGCUGUAGGCCUUGGGUCAAGAUGUCCAAAAUUAUUCUUGAGUACUGAUAUAAAUUCCUUAGACCUUCUUUGAGGUCAAAUCUCGGCUAUCAUGGUGGGCAGUGCUUGAAUGAGAAAAGGGUUCUGUUGCAUAUUUAAAAUGAAUCCUAAUGAACAUACUGAGUACUUACAAGUAGAAGAACAAAAUGUAUUUCUGACCAAAAUGAAUGACCCUUUCACAUGUGCUUUAUUAGACUCUGGGAGAGAUAAGUGAAUAAGUCAGUACAGGUUUUUAAUAUUUAACUCUUUGUGGUAAAAUAAAAAGUUCUAAUGAACUAUUUCUCCCAAGAUUUAAAAAAUUCCUAGUUAGAGUUACUCUUAUUUGUUAGAAAAGCCUUUUUAAACAAUAACUUUUGCUUGCGUUUUCUUUCCUUCUCUUUAAAUGCUGUGCAGGCAAGGAACUGUUCAAGCCGAAUUCCUUUAAGAAGAACCAAUGGAUGAAUUUAAAUUUGGCACUAUGAUCAAAACUAUUAUAAGCAGUAGAAACAAUUUAAUAUCUAAAACUUACCAACACAGAACCCUCAGCAGAAUAGCAAAUACUUUGCUCAGGAUGUUUGAGGUCAGAAUGAAGAAGGAAACAGUUUUUUUAUAAGCCCCUAUAGGCAGAUCUGAAAAAGCAUACGUAUAAGAAGAGGGGAAAGGAGUGAAUGGAAAUAAAACAAUAUUAUGCAGGUUUAUGCCUUACUUUUUAGUGUUUUUUUUUUUUAAUGUUGGAUCUUUCAGGCUGGUUUUGCUUUUUAUUAGAUCUGUAUAGUUAGGUUAAUUAACCAGUGAUUUAGUUUUAUAUUUAAGCUACAAUUUAUCUUUUUUCUUUGGUGAUAUUUAUUUCUUUGCCGCCUUUUUUUUAACUACUUUUACCAUUUCGAUGUUUUGUUGAAUCCAUUUAGAACCUGAUCACCCUGGCAAUAUGUAUUUCCCUUAAAACAUUGCAAACAAAUAUACUAGGAGUGCACCCUCUUUACUAGUUAUUGUGAGAUUGCUGUGUAAGUUAAUAAACAAAUUUGUAAAUACAUUGUUUGCAGGAAUAAAAUUUCUGAGUUAUAGCUCAGCCUGCUGAAUUUAUGUUUUAAGCAUUACUUAACACAGUAUAAAGAUGAAAAGACAACAUCUUCAUACUUCCUCUUCUCAUUACAACAAAACCCUUUAACUGGGAGAAUUUUAUUCCCCACUCUUUCCUCUUCCUCCUUCACAUCCCAUUUAUUGUCACCUUGUAAUAUUCAGAGAGCACUUGGAUUAUGGAUCUGAAUAGAGAAAUGCUUUCAGAUAAUCAUUAGCCCACAUACCAGUAACUUAUGCUCAAAGACAGGAUGGAGUGGUAAAGUGCUUUUAUAAUAUAAUAUUAUUGUUAAAGGCAAGGGUUGACUUUUUUGUUUUAUUUUGACAUGGCAUGUCCUGAAAUAAAUAUCAAUUCAAUAUGGCAGAUGGGUCAUAUUCUUUAUUUGGAAGAAGUUGUGAUUUAUGACAAGGAGGUGAUUGUCUUCCUAUACUGUAGCAUUUGAUUCUUUUUAUGUAUCUUUUAAGAAAGUAACCAGUUAUGCUGCUUUUAAUAUUGGUCUUUAUUUAGCUUGGGGUUCUUCAUCUGAAGCAGUGAAGUGUGUUCAUAGUCCAGGUUUUUUUUUAAUAAACACAACUUUUGCUGCCAAAAAUAUAUAAAUAAAACAAGAAAGAAAACAA